UCCAUCUGCUCCAGUCCACUUGUCAGCAGCAGAGCCGCUGCACGGUUGCGCUGCACUGAUGCAAAGUUCAUGUCCAAGCGGAAACAUACGGUGCGGACCGCAAACCACGGAAGAUGUAGAUGUGGUGAAGUUGUCUCUUUGCGAAUUGACUGCGCUCUGACUUUAUUUUAAGCUGGCCUUAAAUGAACUGAAUGAAAACACAGAAGCCCCCCUACCUGGCACCCAUUGGAGAACUAAGUGGAUUGAAGAAGGCAGAGAGCAAGUGAGGGAGUCAGGGUGGGAGGAAAGACAGAAGGGAUUAGGAGCUAAUCCAGUGCACGGACAAUCCUGCAGGAGCCUUAUCUUCCUUUCAGGAUGAUGCACAAAAAACAGUUGCUGGAUUACGGGACCUUACUUAAUAGCCCUUUUCAAGAAAGCGUCACCCUCCUUUUUCCUUUGCUCUGGUAACCUCUUAUAGGUCUGUGUCUUGGGUGCAGAGGGACCAGGAUACAGAGGUCAAAGAAGCGGGGCGUCAGGCCUGGUGACAGGAUGUCCAUGGUCAGUGUGGUGCCACACAUGGAUAAACCUCUUUAGUGGGAGACGGUGCAUGGCAGUGGACCCCCCGUCCUCUCUGCUUGGACUUUGAGGAAGACAUGUGCAGAACAACUUAUUGAAUGAGACACAGAAGAUCCUCUCAGAAGCUGGCGUCUGUUGAACACACGCAUAAAGGACUCACUGCCAUGGACCCUAAACUGGAAUUUAAACUUGACUGACAUGUAAUCAGAGCACAGACAGCCUCAUUCGAGUUAAAGGGAAAUUACACAACUUUUUGGUCACUAUGAGUCUGGGAAAACUGCCAGGGAUUAAAGGCCUUGUGUCUGGCUCUCAGGGGAAACGUCGUUUCAAGAGCGAGCUCUCCGUGGACAUGAUCAGCCCUCCGCUGGGUGACUUCCGUCACACUAUGCAUGUUGGUCGUGGCGGGGACGUGUUUGGUGACACUUCCUUCCUUAGUAACUACGGGGGCAUCAGGGAGCCAGGAAGUCCAGACUCAGCAAACAGCUCGAAGACAACUGGGUUCUUCACACGUACCUUUCGGCAUGUGCGCAAGAACUCUGGGGCGCGGCCGCGAGGGGGCUCCCGUGACUUGUCCUCCCCACCACCAGACAUCUCACCCAUAAUCAAGAACGCCAUCUCUCUGCCCCAGCUGAACAUGGACUCCCCCAAUGGGUGCAGACAGAGGGUGCUGUUUCCCAGCUCCAUCAGCUCAACAGAUGACGCCUUCUGCACAUAUGGUCUGCAAUCUGGGUUUGUCACGCUGCCCCGCCUCUCUCGCCUUGACAAACAGUUCCAAGAUGUAGACGUCCGGAAAGGGUGUAUACCGGACAGCGGUGGCAUCACACUGACACGCUCAGAGUCCCUCACUUCGUUCACUGUAGACCUCGGCCCUUCCCUUAUGACUGAGGUACUGAGCUUGAUUGACAACCCCAGCUGCCUUCAGAUGUCCAGCCAGGCAGCAGGUGAUAAAGAGGAAGGCGAGGAAGAGGAAGAAGAGGAUGACGGCUCUCUAACAGAGACGCCUGUGCAGAGCCCUGGGCUGAAUUCACCCAACCCAUCCAUGGGGAGCGGGUCAUUCAGCAGGAAGAUGGACAACAGGGGGCACUCUUGUAGCUCUGACUGGACAGAAAAGGAGGAGGAGCGGUCCUGGAAGACACCAGAUGUGUGCUCUGGGUCUCCUCAGAGAGUGGAGCCUGCCAUGGAGGCAGAAAGGUUCCAGAAAGCAGCUGAUGUGCUGUCUCGUCAUUAUGGCGGAGGGUCCUUUACAAAGGGAACGAGGAUGAGCAGCGACACCACCUCUCCUGCUUUCUCCCACAGCAGCAAAACAUCAUAUGCCUUUUCUGAAGAGGAAGAAGAGAUCAAAGUCUAGAUGUUGAAACUCUUAAUGAAAGAGAGCACAAACUUCAUUGAUACAAUAAAAUCAUUCAAAUCUACCAGUGACUGAAUUCUGGGUUCAUUUCAGGUCAGAGAGGCUGAACAAUAUGUACUAUUCUGUUGUUCCUCCAUUGAAACAUUCUUACUCUUCUCACAUGCAUCUAUAUAUUGUCAUUGGGUGUCAUUGAUCAGCUACCAGAUCCUGGUCUUUUUUGCAGGAUAGAUAGAUGACGCUGAACUUGACCCUGGACGUUCCCCCUCAAUCUGCACUACGUUGCUGCCGUGAUUUUAUCCAGAUUGUUUAAACCAUUCUGAAGCUCUAAGUCACUGAAUGAGACUUGUCAGGACAAAGUAUUAAUAAUGACUUUUUUUAGUCAGUCAGUAACAAAGAUUUUGUAUGUCCACCUGCAUUUAUUAUAUUCAUAGCAGUUGACUAAAUAUACUGGAGAACAAUGAACAAUGACUUCUAUUUUAUUUUUAUAUUUUUUCACGCUGUACAUAAUCACUCACUACAUAAUCAUGAUGUUAAACAGCAAAAUGUAUUUUACAUAAAUAAAGCCAUUCAGGUUCAUAGGUCUGAGGCGUCAAGCUGAACCUGAAAUUAGAGGUUUUGUAACAAUUGUGUUAAAACCUCUGCACAUAAAUCAUUUACAAAGCUUUCUGCAACCCCCUAAUCUAAAUUGAAAACUGUUUAUUAUGUACUGAUGUGUGGCAUAUUAUUAGUACUGUUGCUAACCUGUUACAAAGAAAAUGGAAAUGUAUAAAUUAAACCUUUGGUAAAUGGC